AUGAAGAAAAGAACUCUCUUGGUGGUUGACAAUGGCACGUGGGAGUGCAAGGCAGGCUGCGCAGAUGCAGAGCCGUGCUUGCGAUUUAAAAACCAGAUAUUCAGGAUGAAGGGAAAAGACGGAAAAAUAACCUACUCCAUAGCCCCGAAUAAAAAAACAAACAUUACGACGGCCAUUAAGAGCAUGUUCGAUGGGGGCGUUGUUUACAACUGCGAAGUGUUGGAGAGCACAAUCAAAGAAAUACUGAAAGAAGUAAAAAAGCCUGCAAAAGAAGAGAAGGGGAAGCAUGAAAUAAAAGAGCUGGUGAUGACAGAGUGCUUCCUAAACCCGCAGCUGUUCAAGGACAUGGCGCUGGAAACAAUCUUCAGUGCGUUCAGCUUUGAAAAGAUACAGUUUGGGUAUGAUUUUGUCUACUCCUACGAAUAUAAUUUAAAAAAUAACACAAAACUAUCGCUGCAGAAAACAGGAUUCAAAAGAGACUUUUGCGAUGUGAUAAUUAGCAUGGGGCACUUGGGUGUCUAUGUGGUUCCUCUCGAUCCCACGAAGAACACUAUAAUAUACGAUAGAAGCACAUACAUGCCUCUCGGAGGCCUGGCUGCACAGCACAUAUUCAGCAAGAGCAUAAUAAACAAGUACUAUGGAACAGGACUGAAAAUAAUGAAGGAGGAAGUGGAGGAGUAUUUUAAGAAAAUAAGAGUGCCCUUGGACUAUCUGCAGGAGAUAGAAAACGUGGUGAAUGAAGGAGUUGGAAACGUAAAAAUACUGCAGAAACAGAACAAAGAAAAGGUGCCAGUGAUAAAGAAGAUUCCAAAAAGAAAGAUAGGGGGGCUCGAAGCAUACAGGAAGAGAGCAAAGGAAAUGGACGCAGAGCUAAUAGAUGAGCUAGAUAACGAUGACCUGGACAAUGAAGUGGAGGAUAACACUGAUGAAAUAACUGAACAGGUGGAAGAAGCAGAAGAUGAGGUGGAAGAAAAAGAAGAUGAAAUAGAGGCAGAAAAAGAAGUAGAAGUGGUAGACGAGGAAGAAAUAGCAAGAAAGCUAAAAAGAGAGAAACUUAUAAAAGGAGCAACAGACCAUAGGAACAAACAGAAAAUAAUAAAAGUGCUGGAGAGACUGAACUACCACAUCCUUCUCCUUGAGGAUAGACACCUUCUCAUAACAAACCCGUCUGAGUUCAUGAAAAUACGAAAAGACCGGCUGGAGCACCUUGAAAAGAUAAUCAAAAAAAGAACAUUUGUAAGAAACGAGCUGAAAAACAAAAAAAGCACGCACUCUCUUGCACUUCUUAAAAAGUCGCUGGCGCAACCUGACACAGUCGUUGAGGACAAUAUAUAUCUGCAAGAGAUAAGAGAUGCUGCAUUAGAGGACAUAGCCAUACAGGAAGAAAUAGACUACAUAGACCUCUUCCUACGAGAGAACGAUCCAACAUACAUCACAAAAGAAGAAAAUCCGUUGGACAAGAUAAGAAACGGAUACAAAGAGAAGGGAGGCAUAAAUAUCAACGUGGAGUUUAUCCGCACUGCUGAGGCCCUCUUCAAUCCCUCCAUUGUUGGCAUAGAGCAGCCAGGGAUAGGAGAAAGCCUCUCCUGCAUAUUCCAGACAAUGGAUGUAAGGAAUAUUUUCAUCACAGGAGGCUUCAGCCAAAUAGAAGGAAUAGCUGAAAGAGUAAAAAAAGAAAUCAUUCCGCUCAGACAUCUGCCAAAUGACCCGCAGGUUGUCACAGCUCUGGACCCAAUUAACGACUCGUACAAAGGAGGAUUCCUGCUUUCCAAGUACUUCCAGACGUACACGCGGCAGGAGUAUGAGAGCAAAAACAGAGAGGAGUAA